UCAUCGGUGGUAUCGCAGUCUAUAGAACAUGUGAUGAAGACACCUACGAUGGCCAUACCCGCAACGAGACGCGCCGGGGAAGGCCACAACCGCCGCUCGGCAGUGCUUGAGAUUAGUCCGGAUAGGCCACUAGCACGACCAACUUCCUCGAGAUCAUUGAAGUCGUCGUUGAGUGGGAGACCUCAUUCAAUGGGCCACAAGCGCCAUCAUUCACGCCAGCAGUACAUCCGCAACUUUAAGCCUUACCACGACGACCGAGCACCUUUCCAGCGACGCCAGGCAGAAGACGUUGCUUACGAAUCCAGGCUUCCUGCGUUUCACAAAGAUAACAUUAUUGACCCAGACUUGGCGCAGUACCUCUCUGAUGACGCUUCUAGUGGCGAGGAACAGCCGAAUCUCAUGUCCGCUGUGUCAGAAGGGUCGUUGUCUAAAAGUGGUGGAGAAAGCGAGCGAACCACAUUUAGCGGACUCCUUGCAGCCAUGAAGAAGGGUCGGUCCGCAUUUGGAGACCGAAGUGUUGCAGGCCUGAACUCUUUUGGUCGCGAACCAGAUGACGGUAGCAUUAGCAGCUCGAGAGCGGUGAAUUUGCCACGUCCUUCCCGCCGGCGAAAUCUUAGUGUUGCAAGUAGUGUCCAUCAACGUCACUCCCCGCGAGCCUCGAAGGAUAGCGUCUUUAACCCGCAUGAUCCAUCGACAGCCGUUCAUGUCUUUCCCACUGGGGUUUCUCCAAGCGGUUUCAAAAUGACGAGGAGCUCAUCUAUGAGGGGUGCAGGCGCACCUCCAGUUGAGCUAAACAAGGCAAGCUUGCAGCACGUCCGCAAACUGCUGCGGCAGCUCCUGAGGGAUGCGUCCGUGCCAAAUGCGCUAAAAUGGGAAACCGCAUUGCUCCCGAUUCUUCUCAAGGCGGCGGAUGAGGUUGUGCCAGACGUGCAAGGGGGUGAUGAUAUGGAUAUACGUCACUAUAUCAAGCUGAAGAAGAUCCUGGGUGGCCGUCCAGGAGAUACCUCCUAUGUCUCAGGACUUGUAUUCACAAAGAACCUUGCUCUCAAGAGUAUGCCGAGGAGCAUCCCGCAACCAAAAAUCUUGAUAAUCGCAUUUCCCCUUGAAUAUGCGCGGCAUCAGCAGCACUUCAUGAGCCUGGAACCCGUGAUUCGCCAGGAGCGUGAAUUUCUUGAAAACCUAGUGAGCAGGAUAGCUGCUCUGCGGCCCAACUUGCUGCUUGUGGAAAAGAACGUGUCCGGGUUGGCCUUGGAGCUGUUGGAAAAAGCCAACAUUGCAACAGCUUACAACGUCAAGUCGUCAGUUCUUGAAGCUGUUUCCCGCUGCACCCAGACAAGAAUCAUCACGUCCAUGGAUAAACUAGUGACCACCCCGGUGCAUAGUGACUGCGGCAGCUUCGAUGUCAAGACAUAUCUUUACAAUGGCCGAAAGAGAACGUAUAUGUACUUAUCUGGCUGUCGUAAAGAACUGGGUUGUACGAUUGUUUUGCGCGGCGGUGAUAGCAACGUGCUUGCAAAGGUCAAAAGGAUUACUGAAUUCAUGACCUACGUUGUCUAUAACCUGAAAUUGGAAACCUGCCUGAUGCGAGACGAAUUCGCGCAGAUGCCGACUUUGUCCGAAGCCGAGACGGAAAAGAAGACCGACGCAGAGCACGAUUCCAGCGAGAAAGCGACUGGGGCCUUGACCAAAGACACGGUAGUAGGAACAGACCCUGCUAGUGAAGUGCCUGAUGAUGUUCCCAUGCCAACUUACUACGAAGAUAUUGUUCGAGACCAUGAAACGAAGGUUCUGUCUGCGUCUCCGUUUGUCAAAUUCGAGCCUCCCUACCUGCUUAUGCGUGCUAGAGAAAUGGAACGCAGAUUGGCCUACCUCAAGCGUCUCCGUGACAAGGACCUUGACAUUGACCAGGCAUCGGAUGAGAAGGCCCGGUCUCAAAAGUUUAUUCUGGUCACUCCAGAAAUGGUCCAUGAGUCCCCUCAGGGUGCUCCGCCUAAGGUUAAAGAAGUCUUACGUGCAGCCCAUGAUGCCGAGUAUGAUAGAGCACUCCAUCACUAUCAAACACAGAAGCGGCAGUGGGAAGCUUAUGUCGCCGGGAGUGUCGGUCUGUUUGAUCCGUAUGCCCACCAAAACAUCGUCGUUCUCUUCAGUCUAGUCUGCACGACAUCAUCAAUUCCCUGCUCUGGCCCAGAUCUUCUGGCCCUCGAGUAUUACAACGAGCAUGGCGGAGACUCUAUAUUCGAGCCGGAUUGUACUCUUGGCCAGUAUGUCGAGGAUAUCUGUUUACACGCGAAUGCAGUUUGCACAGCGAAUGGCUGCGAGAAGCGGAUGUUUGAACAUCACCGUCAAUAUGUGCAUGGUGAAGCCCAGCUAAGCGUUUUCACCCAGCCCUAUCCCUCUAAACUUCGAGGUCUCCAAGAUACUAUCUUGAUGUGGAGCUGUUGCAAGGUCUGCGGUAAUGAGACCCAGGUCUUCCCGAUGUCCGAGAGCACCUGGAAAUACUCAUUCGGGAAAUACUUGGAACUCUCAUUCUGGAGCAAGAACUUGCACGCUCGGGCGGGAGUUUGCCCCCAUGACUUGCAGCGUGACCACCUUCGCUUCUUUGGCUUCAAGGAUGUCGCCAUACGGAUCCACUACGACAGCAUCAAUCUACUCGAAAUCAUUGUUCCCAGAACUCGGGUUACGUGGAAAGUGGACAAUGACUUGAAGCUGAGAAACGAAGUCUACCAGCGAGUGGAACAUCGCAUCAAUAGAUUCAUGGUCUCCGUCAAGGCACGGCUGAAGGGAAUCAGCGUUGAGACCGUCAUCCCAAAGCUGGCAGAAGAGUGCAAAACCCAGAUAGAACACCUUGGUAAAAAGGCCAAUGAGGACCAUGUCGUCUUGGUAAAGCAGUUGCAGGAUAAAUACACGAACUCCCGAUACUGGGAGGUUAUUCCCUUGAAUGAAGUGCUUCGCUCCGUCCAGGAGAAAGUUGUCGAAUGGGAUACGGCCUUUGCUGAAUUCGAGAAGAAUUUCUUCCCCUCGGAGAAAGAUAUCAGACGACUGGCCACCUUACAGCUGAGGAAGAUCUUCCUGGACAAGGAGGUUAUUCCCGAAGACCCUCCUACCACGCCAAGCGAACCCGAUAAUGACAAUGCCCAAGAGCCAGAAUUACUGCGACCAACGCGUCGUAUGACUCUGUCCCCAGAGAAAGCCCAGGAUGUUCUGGUUUCUGUUGUUGAAGAACAUUCGGGGAAGAAGAAUGCUGCUGCGAAUCAGGGCCACGAUGCCACCAAACCGGAGGAUAUUGAAUCUGCAACCCUCUCUUCUAGCUCAGGGAGCUCGCAGUUCUCGCCCCCGCAAGCCGAGAUUGUUGCGGAGAAAGAGGUGCAACAUCUUGAUCUUGCACCUUUGACUCACACUGGACAACCUGUUUCAACACCGCCUGCUACGAGUACAAUAGACCCCCCAGAAUCCCCGCUACCUAUUGCUACCCCUCCUGAGUCUGAUGGCAGCAUGGUGGAAGCUGCUCCUUCCGAGGAAUCGACCAUUGCUCAGAGGAAGAAAAGUGACGAGGUCGAGAGAACCACACCGAGUCGCCUGCCAACAGCUAUCCCACGACUAGCCGAUGGUACUUUGCGGCGCAGUGGAAAAUCGACUUCCCCACCAUUAUUCCGUUCCCAAACCCAACCUAUCAUAGCCAAUGACGGCACUCCUGUGAAGGGCAUGAAAAUCGCAUUUGGCCGAUUGCCGCAGUCCGAGGGAGCUCCAAGCCCUCCUCUGGAAGCGAAGUUCAGGUCGGACAAAAAGAUUUCCGAACGCUUCGGUCUCCACGCUUUCAGAAAUGGAAGAAUGACUCCGGCUCCAUCUCUCAUUCCCCGUUCGAUUCCUACUAGAAGAAACUCCCGCGUAUCUAAUCUGGCUAAGCACUUUGAGCAGUUGAGCCGAGAGUUUGAGAAAGAACGCCAACGAGAGAGAGCACGGCGGGCUGCCAAGGGCACACAUUCUCGCGCGAUCCCAAUAGCCUCCUCGAAGCCAAUUGUGGAGGUGUACAAGAACGUCAGGGAGGCGGUCGAGGAACGAGAGCCUUCGGGCGAAGGAGAGGACCUCCUACCUCCAACAUCGCACGAAAUCCCUCUGGAUCAGUCAAGCAGGAACAGCGAAGAACUGCCGAGAAGGGACUCCGAGGAAGAUGAUAGGAAAGAGGUUAUUUCCCCUGAGCCGUCGGUACCAAAGGAGGACAAGGAAAACACCAACAUGGAUGACGAACAUAUCUUGUCCGAAGGUGAAGGCGACGACGGACACAGUGACGAAGAUCAUGAGGAGCUCCAGAGGACCGAUUCGAAUGAUGGAAUGAAGGGUUCGCCGGAAGAUGAAUCGAUGGACUUGAAGGAAUUCCCUAAGCAUGAGAGGAGCACGCUACUGAAGCUGUUGACCAAUUUCUGGUCGGAGCGUUCUGCCAGCGGCUGGGCCCCUCUGGACUAUCCACUCACCAUGUCCGACCAUGUCUUCGCAGAUUGCGAUAUCAUCGUGCGUGAGGAUGAACCGAGCUCCUUGAUCGCAUUUGCAUUGGAUUCCAGCGAUUACAAGGAGAAGCUCGAGGCCAUACAAAGGCGCUACGAGGAGCCUGAUGAGAAAAGUACGAUCCUGGAAGAUGGCACUGACGCCUUGGAUGAGACCCGCGUUGAACACGCGCUUCUCCGGUCCACCGGCACGCACCUCAAGUAUCAGUUCCAGGAAGGACAGGCCAAGAUGCUCUGCAAGAUAUUCUAUGCCGAGCAAUUCGAUGCCCUGCGGAAGAAAUGUGGAGUUGCGGAGCGGAUUGUAGAAUCACUGUCUCGCUGCGCUAAAUGGGACUCCAAAGGGGGGAAGACCAAAUCCCUAUUCUUGAAGACCCUCGACGACCGCUUCAUUCUCAAAUCGCUUUCACCCAUUGAAACGCAGGCAUUCUUGAAGUUCGCUCCGGCGUAUUUCCAGAUUAUGUCCGAGGCGCUCUUCCACGAGCUGCCGUCGGCGAUAGCGAAGAUGUUCGGCUUCUACCAAGUGAUCAUCAAGAAUCCAGCUACCGGGACGGAGUUCAACUGGUUCCUUCUGUUGAUGGAGAACUUGUUCUAUGACCGUGUCCCCACGCGAAUCUUCGACCUGAAGGGCUCCAUGAGAAAUCGCAAAGUCCAGAGCACCGGAGAACGCAACGAGGUCCUACUGGAUGAGAAUAUGGUUGACUUCAUCUACGAGACACCAUUAUUCGCCCGGGAGCACUCGAAGAAGCUUCUGAGCCAAAGCGUCUGGAACGACACUCUGUUCCUGGGGCGUCAGAACGUGAUGGAUUACUCGCUUAUGAUAGCCAUCGACGAGAGUCGAUCGGAACUGGUGGUCGGUGUGAUCGAUUGCAUCCGCACAUACACCUGGGACAAAAAAUUGGAAUCAUGGAUCAAAGAUCGCGGGUUUGCUGGCGGUGGGAAGAACCGACCUACCGUCACCAGUCCGAAGGAGUACAAGAGUCGAUUCAGGGAGGCGAUGGCUCGAUACGUGCUCCAGGCCCCAAGUUGCUGGCAACAAUUCCAACAGCCUCCGACGUUCCGGUACGCUCCAAUCGAACACUACCCGAGCCAGACUUACUCCACCACGGACGGUGAUGUUGUCGAAGAAAUGACGAGUUGAGCAAUUCUGUACCGAUAGACCCUCAUGACGAAUAUGACUUUACGACACGACGUGAUGUACUAAAACGUUUCACUCAUUUGUGCUACAUCUACCUUUAGCGACUCAACGCUCCGCCACCGUCUUUGCCAUUUUUCUUUACAAGCAUUCCUUCUUUCUCAUGACUGUACGAGAACCACAUCCCUUAAAUUAGGCCUAUCCUAGCAUAAUACCAACAAUCAAUCCCUAAUGC